AUGGAUAAUACCCUGCUGACGGUUGCCCAACGAGAUUUGGAUGCAGUUUUUGCACCACCACCCGUUGAGCACCACCAAAGACGCAGUGUGGCUGCAUCUUUGCCUCACUUGCACCAUGACCGAGUCCAUGCACCAGAACUGAGGACGCAUCUGGCCGUGAAACCAAGACGUACGUAUGUGAACUUGCCGCCUGCAAUUGACGUGGAAACUGUUGAGGAAGCCAGGGCCAUGUUGCACCGCUGGGAGGAAUGGAAUCUUCAUCUAGAACAGCAGCUGCGGUAUGGCUGCACAUCACCAGCACCACGCCCACUACCCGUGAACAAAACAGGCGAUCAGGUGUCUGCUAUUGUAGCUGAUUCCUUUGCUUCAUCUCAGGCAUGUUAUCAAAGAAGCACACAUGCGUUGGCAUGUGAUGAUGAUACGUUGUGUAAGCAAUUCAAGGGGGGGUUUUCAUAUCUCUACACAGAGCUGACUACAGAGUUGGGGGCAGCUACAAGAUCGGUGAAGGCGUCAAUGCACCCUUUUUCUGUUGCAUCACGCACAACUGUUGCGACAACCCAGCGCAAAGUUCAAUCCAAGUCGACUCGCCGCAGCCGCGCUUUACUGCUAAAACGGGCGCUGGAGUUGGUGGGGAAACCUCUGGGCCGGGCGGGCAGUGGCACCUACAGCGACAUUGAUGUCUCUCACCAGCUGUCACUGGCGAGACAAACAUUAGAGGGUUGCUGUGGCAACGAGCUACCAAUACACUCGGGGGAUUUUCUCACGGAAACUGAGACUUUAGAAAUCUCCAAAGUGGAGAAAACGGCGACAGCGCACGAUCCAAUUGCUGUCGUGGGGCGCCUGAAGCAUCGUCUUAGGGAGGAACCUUGGCUAUCGACAGCUUACUCGCUGGCACACUUGAAGGAGAGCAACUGCGGUUCUGAGAAGAGCAAGGAUAAAACCCAGGCGUGGCCGAGGCCUCCACUGCGUCUGCAUCGGAAGUUGAACGAACACGAGGAAACGGCAAAAUCUAUCCCUUUGGUAAAUCUCUCCUCGGUAUCUGUUCCAUCACAAGGCAACAUGGAAGAGGAGGAUGGUCCUCCUAUUUUGCUCACUUUAGACCAUGAUAGUUCAGCGGAUAUAAUGACACAGGGAGAAGUGGAGGGUGCACAACAAUCUCCGGUAAAACGGGAAUCUUUCAGUGAUGACAGCUGCUCAGACGACGCUCCUUCACGCGGCUUUCCAAUAGUACUUUUGACAAACAGCGCGGUGUGUAUUCUUCCUGCGCUUCCAGCAGUCUUGAACGGUGUGAAAUCAGAGGGUGGUGACACAGUGGCGUACUUGGCACAUGAAGUGUCAGAGGCAAUGGAAAUUCCAGAGAACAUGGAUAUGAAAGCUGAAGAGGUAGCCGACACGAUUGAGCCUUUUGGAUCGCCUGUGGCGAGAGCGCAGCAGUCAGCAGACCUCAGUGAGACAGGAUCGAUGACUGUUGACGAUGAGGAGGACCGCAUAACAACUUCAAAUAGCGCUAUUCUUGCUGCAAAAGAGGAGCAAAGCGAAGGUGAUUCACAGGCAGCCGUUGAGGAAGAUGAGGGGAGGAAUAUGCUGCUUGCCAACAAUCAGAGCCCAACAGCUUCAGAAAGGGCGCUGAGAGGCCUGAGUGAAGCUGAGAAGCCUACAACGUUUUCUGGGUGCAUGCACCAUGGUUUCACCACUUUUUUUGGUGAAAUUUGUGCCAUACAGGAGUUGAAGGCUGAAGAGUACACAUUCCGCAUGGCGCUGGUGAUAGAAGAGAGUUUGCAACUGUGUGAACUUUGCUUUGCGUGUCACUCAGAGGUGAUGAAUGCCGCUACUGAACGCCAUGGGUAUUUUGGGCCCAACAUCUUGAAUGAGAAAUGGGACGUUGCCGCUUCCCCCUCCGGAAACACAACGGUUUGGAGAGAUCGAAAUGAGGUAGAAACUCUAAUGUUGGAACAACGGCAGCUUGAAAGAAGUCGUUGUGGUCCUCGUGCCUUUCGGUCAGUGUUCCGGCACUGGGGUCUAAAAAGGCGAAGGCGCAGAAUUGGUUUUCGAUGUUUGACGGCCCUUGAGGUGGACUGCGGGGAUAUCGAAAAUAGGCUGCACUCAGAGGCCUUAAAGGCACGCCUGAGUGAGGCAAUAAGUGCGCUACAGGAGACCCGUGAGGCGGCUGCCAAGGAUUUUCUGUGUGCGAAGGAGAAAUAUGCCGCGCUGGAGCGUGCAGCGAACAUCCGUUUGACGAAGCUGCAAGGCGACGUAUUAAAAUCAACUGCAACAGAGCAUCAAGCCCUGAAACUCGCAGCCGCUCUGGAGCGGUCCUUGUUAUUGGCCAAGUGCCGGGCGGAGGAGCACACCGCAAAAACACGGCUGAUUGCUCUUGAACUUUGUGAUCUGGAAGAGGGUUUAGCGCGCGCGAGGGCUCAGACAGCUGCGGCUGUAGCGGUCUUGGGUCGAUAUGCCUUUGUGUCGCUUGUCCAGCGCUGCUACUGCAGGUGGACGCGCAAGUGCCGUGAGACCAAAUGCCGUGCGCUGGAGCGUGUGCGGCGGGAAAGCAUUGAACGGCGACAGGAGUUAAUGCUGUGGCAUGAUCACGUUUGCUUCGCCAUCACCCGCUGUCCAGUGACGUCGGUUAACGCUACAUCUGAAACGGCGGCGAUGCCUCUCAUUGCCGCCAUGGGGGCUUCAGCAAAGAAUAUUGCUGUAGCUUCUGCUCCUGCCAUAGAGGCAUCGGAGCCCGUGGUGCAGGCAGAUUGCACGUCGGUGCUCCGAUCUUAA